AAGCAGGUAGUUGUGUUAAUUGUAUUGCAGAUUGCAAAGAAUGUACAAAAAAAAAUUCAUGUGAUUUAUGCUAAAGUGGAUUUUUUUAUAAUAAUUUUUAAUGUGUUUCGGUUUGUCCAAAUGAUAAAUAUGUAGAUAAUGCGACUAGAACUUGUAAUGAUUGCUUAGCUAAAUGCAAAACUUGUUCUAAUGCAACUGAUUGUGACACUUGCUUUUUAAGAAUAGAGUUGCACCUGAUUGUGGAUGUCCUAUUAAUAAUUAUGAUGACUCUAAUUACUCUUAAGCUUGUAUUUCAUGUUUUGAUAUAUCUGCUGGAUGUUCUACUUGUGAUAAAGAUAAUUGCUAAGCAUGUUUACCGACUCAUUUUUUAGACGGAAAUUCAUGUGUAAUAAACUGUCCUGUAGGUAAAUGGGGAAAUGCGGUAACCAGAUAAUGUACAGAUUGCUUAGCUAAAUGUGUAACUUGCUCUAAUAACAAUACUUGUGACACUUGCUUUUCGAAUAGA